AAGCGUGUUGGCGCCGGGCUCACGCGCCACACGGAAGUGUAGUGGGGCGCACCGGAAGCCGCCGGAAAAGAGCGAUGGCGGGUUUGACUGUGAGAGACCCUGCGGUGGAUCGGUCUCUACGAUCUGUUUUCGUGGGAAACAUUCCUUAUGAAGCUACUGAAGAGCAGUUAAAGGACAUCUUUUCUGAGGUUGGACCUGUUGUUAGUUUCAGAUUGGUGUAUGAUAGGGAGACAGGAAAGCCAAAGGGUUAUGGCUUCUGUGAAUACCAAGACCAAGAGACUGCACUUAGUGCCAUGCGAAACCUGAAUGGCCGUGAAUUCAGCGGGAGAGCACUUCGAGUGGACAAUGCUGCCAGUGAAAAGAACAAAGAAGAGCUGAAGAGCCUUGGCACUGGUGCCCCUGUCAUUGAGUCACCUUAUGGAGAGACCAUCAGUCCUGAGGAUGCCCCUGAGUCCAUUAGCAAAGCAGUUGCCAGUCUUCCACCAGAGCAGAUGUUUGAACUGAUGAAACAAAUGAAGCUCUGUGUCCAGAAUAGCCCCCAGGAAGCACGGAACAUGUUGCUUCAGAAUCCUCAGCUGGCUUAUGCUUUGCUACAAGCACAAGUAGUGAUGAGAAUUGUGGAUCCAGAGAUUGCCCUGAAAAUUCUGCAUCGCCAGACAAAUAUCCCAACGCUGAUUGCAGGCAACCCUCAACCAGUUCACAGUGCUGGGCCUGGCUCAGGAGCCAAUGUGGCAAUGAACCAGCAGAAUCCUCAGGCCCCUCAAGCCCAGUCUUUGGGUGGAUUGCAUGUCAAUGGUGCGCCUCCUCUGAUGCAAGCUUCUAUGCAGCCUGGAGUUCCAGCACCAGGGCAGAUACCAGCUGCUGUAACAGGGCCUGGGCCUGGUUCCUUAGCUCCUGGAGGAGGAAUGCCGGCCCAGGUUGGAAUGCCAGGAAGUGGACCAGUGCCCAUGGAGCGGGGACAAGUGCCGAUGCAAGACCCCAGAGCAGCUAUGCAGCGUGGGGCCUUGCCUGCCAACGUCCCCACUCCUCGAGGUCUGUUAGGAGAUGCUCCGAAUGACCCACGUGGAGGCACUUUACUUUCUGUAACUGGAGAGGUAGAGCCAAGAGGUUAUCUGGGACCACCUCAUCAGGGUCCACCCAUGCACCAUGUCCCUGGCCAUGACAGCCGUGGCCCACCCCCACAUGAGAUGAGGGGAGGGCCAUUAGCUGAGCCCAGGCCUCUGAUGGCAGAGCCAAGAGGACCCAUGCUAGAUCAGAGGGGUCCACCUUUGGAUGGCAGAGGCGGAAGAGAUCCCCGAGGCCUGGAUGCACGAGGGAUGGAGGCACGAGCCAUGGAAGCGAGAGGACUAGAUGCCAGAGGGUUGGAGGCCCGUGCAAUGGAGGCCCGAGCGAUGGAGGCCCGAGCGAUGGAGGCUCGAGCGAUGGAGGCCCGAGCUAUGGAAGUCAGAGGAAUGGAAGCCAGAAGCAUGGAUCCUAGGGGCCCAGUCCCUGGCCCUAGAGGGCCUAUACCUGGUGGAAUCCAGGGUCCCAAUCCAAUUAACAUGGGGGCAGUUGGCCCCCAGGGAUCCAGACAGGUUCCAGUCAUGCAGGGAACAGGUAUGCAAGGAGCAAACAUUCAGGGUGGAGGCCAGCCUGGUGGCUUUAGUCCUGGGCAGAACCAAGUCACUCCACAGGACCAUGAGAAGGCUGCUUUGAUUAUGCAGGUUCUUCAGCUGACUGCAGACCAGAUCGCCAUGCUGCCUCCCGAGCAGAGGCAGAGUAUCCUGAUCUUAAAGGAACAGAUACAGAAAUCCACUGGAGCACCCUGAAAGGUUUUCAAAAAUACCUGGCAACAAGUCUGGAAAUUAAUUCCAAAACUUUGUUGAAAUAUUGCAAAAAGAUGACUUCUGCAUCCUAACCCUUGAACGAUUCAAAUUGGUGCCAGGUGGAGGACUCCCAUCACCUUCUCUCAGAACAAAAUCAGUUCAUUCUAUUGUCUUAGUUUGUAUAUUUUCUGUGACUUGAAAUAAACUUUGGACACAA